UGACGUGAGUAGUAGACGUGAACGAUCGAAUGACAGUUUUAAAGAUUUAAAAAUUUUAUUCUAAUAUUGUUGUUGCAAAUAUAUUUUUACAUUUUUUUAUUAUAACUAAUUAUAGCAGUUUAAAAGCAAUAAAGACGAAAUUAAGUGUUAUAAAAUAGCAUUUCCAUGUGUAACAGUGACAAUUCCGUUUGUUUAUUGGUUAACAUCCGCCAUUUUGUACUGUCGUUUGUUUAGUGACUGGCUCUCUUUUCUAGUGAUGCUAUACAUUUCUUCUGCAAACAUAUAUUGUGACUUUGCAUGUGGUGUACAAUGUUUUUGCUAGAAACGUUGUUUUUAAGGGGUUUAAAUUGAUCUCGUGCUAGUUGUCAAACUGACGUCGGUUUAACUUUACGUAUUGCCGGAUGUGUCCUACAAUCGGUUAGGGCUAUUUAACGUGCCACCUCGAGUGGUGUACGUGUUGCGAGACCUAUGCUGCCAAGAAUAUGAGUGGCAACGGCAAUCAGGUGCCGCUGGCGGCGAGUCAGCGCGGCCCCGGAUCUUAUCCUCGGGCGUCAACACCACACAGUGAGUUGAAUUUGCAUCGUAUAGGACCGGAAUGUUACCAUCCUUCGGGGGCAGCUAGCAGUGCAUACAUGUCGGGUGCGACGGGUGGUCAAAGCCCUGCUCAAAGCAUGCGCGGUCAGCCAGCUCCUCAGCCUUCUGCGCCGCCGGCGCCUCAGCAGGAUAUAUCUAAAACAACUAUGGCGGGACCGAGUUACGUUUCGCCGCAGAACCAGACCCCACCCUCGCGGCCGCAGUAUCCCAAUUUCCAGUACAGAGCUACUCAACACGGGAACAGGCCUUCUUCACACCCCAGACAACAGCAACCGUAUAUGAGCGGUGCGAGUGCAUCGGCUGCAGGUCCAGUGAUGUACCAUCCAACGCUUAUGUUCCCACCUCAUAUGGGCAUCCCUCAGACGUAUCAACAACCUAGAUCGGGCACACCCGGCAAGUCGCAGUAUAUGGAUCAUGGGUUUUACUCAUAUGUGCCACAGUACAUUAGCUACACGACACCUACCGGUCCUACUACGCCAUACUACUACCCAUCAAAUGGACAGCAGUUAGCAGCAGGCAGUGUGGGUGGCGGUGGUGGUCGAGCUAAUUCAGCUGCGCUGGUUCCGCAGCAACCAAAUGCGCCAUCGGCGUCGAACUCACUGCCACACUCGCAACCACAAUCCCACAUACACCCUUCCAUACCUGGUAUUCGUCAGGUCCCUCCAAAACGUACUUCCCAUAGACUUCCAAUUAUUAAUCCUUUAACUAAGCAAGAUAUAUUCUCAGAAAUACAAUCCAAUGAUAGUCAAUAUAUGAGUGGUGAAUCCAGUGAACGACAAACACCACAAUUGGAGCCACCUCAUAGUUUUGCAGAGGAGUUUUCGAGGAUGGUGAACGAAGCAGCGAAUCAACCUUCGCCUUGUGAAAGUGCUAGUAAAUCGAACUUUGUUUCUAAGAACGUCGAAGUGCCUGUUACAACGGCAAGCUCUAAUCCACCUCAUACUAAUGCAAUAAGUACUAUUAAUAAUAAUAUAGUAAAGUCUGAAAUUUUAAAUGUUAACGAAAAUAAAAGCUUAGGAAAUGAAAUCGUAGAAUCCAACGAAACGCCGGUAGUUUCAGCUAUAUCGGACAGUCCUGUUGUAGUGCCUAAAAUGCCUAUCAAUAUUAAGCAAAUCCAGAAGAAUAUGGAAAUGAUUCAACCUUUAGCAGUAGAUAAUAAUAAGAGUUUAUCGAGUAAUAAGCAACAAAAACAAAACAAAAGCAAACCAGUUGUGCCUCAAGAUGAAUUAGAAAAGCAAUCAGAUAGUGUGAGUUCUAUAGUUCCUCAAGCAAUGAUUAUGCAAACGGUUGUGACGGCAGUGCCCGUUCCCGUGACUGCGGCGUUGCCUGCGACUGCGGCGUUGCCUGCGGCUGCGCCGGCAACGACGACCACGUCUACUCUCGCGUCCAGCUCUUCUUCACUCGCUAUCUCCAUGCCUGCGCCGCAGCCACAAAGACUAAGAGAAUCUAGAGAAAGAGUGAAAUCAGAAGACAAAGACAAGCCUCCUCCUCCGAAAAUAAAAGAUGUUCUAGAAAAGGAAAUUCCUAAACCGAAUGGACCCACUUCAGUCGAGAUUAGUUCAGUUGAUAGUUUACUGGACGCUAUCAAUCCUUCAACUAGUCAAAUAACUCAAAAUCUUAUAAAAGAAACUACAAAAGCAGCGAAACCGUUAUCAGUAACAAAUGAGACUGAAUUAUCUAACAUAGACAUCAAUACUGAGGUUGUGAUAAACAGAGAACCAACAUUCCCUGUCAAAACUUCACCCACUGCCACAGAACUUUUAUCAGCUAGUAUUGAAAAAGUUGCUAAAGAGCAACCAUUACCCCAAGAAACCUCAGUUAAAAAAGAAGAAUCAAUUGCAAUUCAAGCUCAGGUUAAACUAACUCAAAGCAUAGCAAGUGUUGCACGCAAUCAUCCUGAAUCUAAAAUGAAAGAUAUUAAUCUCAACAAUAACGCAACAGCCAUCAUUUUAGAUCCAGAUACGGCAAAUGGAAACCCAAGUGAAGUUAAUAAGGUUGAGACGGUAAUAGAUGAAGUUAACAAAAAUGAAAAAGCAAUAAAAAAUUCUAAAAAUAAUAAUAAGAAAUCUACUAAAAUGGCGAGUAAUGAAGUUAAUACGAAUAAAACUGAAUCAUAUGAAAAUGGUAAAGAUGAGACUGAUAAAGUUAGUACAGAGCAGGAAAAAUGCUUGUCUAAAGAAGAAAAAGAAGAAAAUUCUACUGAUACAGAAAAGCCUAUAUCUUCAGAAGCAUCAGAACCUACUGUGUUUGUACCUAAAUAUAAGUACUCUGAAGAUCAAUGGUCUCCCUUGAACAAGUCUGGCAAAAAAUACUAUGAUAUUGGAUUGCUGAUGCAGAUAAAAGAUGAUCCUCUCUCAAAGAAUAAACCAAAUGUCCCAUUAUUGGAGACUUUGAAUGUUAUGAGGUCCCCUAUUCAAGAAACAGUGACAUUUAAUCCUAUAUCGAGACCUAUGAAUGAUACAAUUUUCCCUAAUUUCUUGAAAAAUGCUGGUGUUGGGUCCAGAACUAAUGCUCCCAGGGAACCUAAGAAAGAUGGCAGAAUUAUGCCUCAAAGUGCAUUCCAAGCAGGUAAAGGUAGUGUGAAACUAACUCCAUCUUCAAGUGGUAGCAGCUCUCAUAAACCAGUCAUACAUGUCUCACUGUCAUUGAGAGAAGAAGUUAAACUUAACCAGACUAAGGAUGCCUGGAGGCCCACUCGAUUUAAGAAGGAUAACCUUACUGAGGAGGAAUUUAAAACUCAGGACUUGUACAAGAAGUUCCGUGGUAUACUAAACAAACUGACUCCUCAGAAAUUUGACACAUUGCUUGAUAAAGUAAAGACAUUGGAGAUCAACACACAGGCUCGGUUAGAGGGUGUGAUUGACUUAGUUUUUGAAAAAGCUAUUGAUGAGCCUAAUUUUUCAGAAGCUUAUGCUGCUAUGUGCAGUAAACUGUCUAUGCUGAAGGUGCCAGCUGAUAAUGCUCCUGACCAAUGCGUCAAUUUCCGUGCUUUAAUUAUAAGCAAAUGUCAGAAUCAAUUUAUUACUAACAAGGUGGAUGAGAAUGUUUUAAAAUUAGAAAAAGAACUUGCUGAGUGUACCGAUUCUGCUAAGAAAAAGGAGCUUCACCUACUACUCGAAGAAGAGAAUAGGCGUGUCAGAAUGAGAUCUGUGGGAAAUGUCAGAUUUAUAGGUGAGCUCUACAAACUAAAGAUGUUGACAGCGAAAAUUAUGGUUUACUGUAUGACAUAUCUAAUUGAGAAGCUUGAAGAAGAGAAAUUAGAGUGCCUUUGUAAGCUGCUUACCACAAUAGGUGAACAAGUAGAAAGUGAAGUCAAAGAGCAACUGGAAAGUGUUUUCAAGAAAAUGCAGGACAUUGUUGAUCGUAAAUCAAACAAAAUCAGUAGCAGAGUACGCUUUAUGCUUCAAGAUGUCAUUGAGCUAAGAAGGCGUAAAUGGGUUGCGAAGAAUGUAGUUGACUCACAACCUAAGAUGAUGGAUCAAAUUCAAAAGGAAGCAGAACAACAACAAAGGCAUAUUGAGCUUAUGAAUGCACCUUCAAUGGGUGGCGGUGGUUUUCGGCGCGAAGAUGGAGGUCGUGGGAAGCGAGGCGGAGAUAGACGUCAGACCUCCAACUCAUUUAUGGAUAACCAAUGGAAGCCCACACGACCUACUAAUUACACUGUAGAUACCUCUAAACUUAAGACUGUGGCACAAAAGAACCUUAACAAUAUUAAAUUAGCUCCACAAAAUUCUGGCUGGAACCAUGGUUCAGGAACAAAAACUCCUGCUCAAAGUAAUAGUAAUUUGAUGAUAAGUCUAACGAAAAACAUGUAUAGUGCACUUGAAAAUGUACAGGCCGACCCCAGUUCUCUUAGAACAAGCAAGGACUUGUCUGCAGGCUACCAUCAUUCGAAAUCUAUUGAAAGAUCGACAUUUAAUUCCAGAGGUGACUUUAAUAGUGGCAGUGGCAGCCGUUCGGGCUCAGUUGGCGUCACUCGUUCUAACUCUAGCAGCAGAAGUGCUCCAAGCGCGCCGGUGGUGGCGACUGCUCCUGAAACUGUACCUACUGUGCCUGCACCACAAGAGCCACUGCCCGAUGCUAAGAAGAAAUUUAUUAAAAUACUCAUCAUGGAUAAGCUGGUCAAUCCUAAUGAUGAUGAAUUCUUUACUGAAAUCAAACAGACUUUCCAGCCACAGUAUCACGCCGCUGUGGUCACUGAAAUCCUUAAUAUUGCCUUGGAGAGGGCAGCAAAGGAUGUACAUUCGAUUGCAAACAGUCUGUUUCAACUUGUAUCAACUGGAAUAAUAUCUGCGGAGAAUUUCCUAGCGGGUAUCAACGAAAUUCUGGAAUUUGCACCCGAUUUAUACAUCGAUAUCCCUGUAUUGUAUGAAUAUUUAGGAAAGUUUAUUGCGCCGAAUAUUGAAAAGAGGCAUAUCACAUUUGUACAGUUAUUUAGAUUAUGUGAAAAUAUUAUUAUGUCGAAUCAAGGCCAUAUGUUCUUAAAAACUGUAAUUAGAGACUUAAAAGAGAGCAUGGGACCUUCUUUUGUAAAAACAAAAUGGCAGGAGUCCGGAUUAGAAUUAAAGCAAUGGAUGCCCGAGGAACAGGUUCCAAAAUGGAUUGAAGAUAACAAAUUUGAAUUCUUGGAAGGAGGCAAACCUAGUGAAGAAACUAAAAAAAUUCUAACGCCAAGUGAAACUCAAAGCAAACUAUUACAACUCAUGAUCACCGACGAACAUUGCGACUGCAUACGAGGAUGGGUGCAGGAUAACCUGGGCGCUGCAUCUAACGAAAAUUGGUUUAUGCGUGCACUUACGCAAGCUAUCUGUGAGUACGCUUUGUACGGCACAGAAGGACGCGACGUGCCGCACUUUAGCCAUGAACGCAUGAACAAAUAUGCUUCACUCAUUAGUGAAUUUGGCGAUUCGCGUGAACAGAGGGAGGCUAGCUGCCUCUUCGGUAUUCAGCAGCUAAUACAUAGGUUGGAGCACCCGCAAGGGUUAACAUUAGAAAUAUUCCAAUAUUUGCAUGAACAAUACAUUAUAUCCGUGGAAGGUUUUAUUGCAUGGGAAGUGUCUGAAAAGGAACCUGAAGGCAAAGCGGUGAUGCUGAAAGCGCUGACUUCAUUCUUCACGAACAUCAAGGAGGCGGACAAUGAGGAGUCUUGCGGGGAGGACUGACGCGCAGCGGACGCCGCGCGCGCCGUACACGCAGCUGCCGUGGCGCGCGCUGCUGUCGUCACCGCCGCCGCCCGCUCCGACCACAGAUCCUCCGUCUUCUAUAUUUUUAUAUUCUAGACUACCGUGCGCCCUUACCACUCAUAGAUUUUAUUAUAUUUUAAUGCUUAAAUUAACAGAAGCUAGAAAAAGUUGUAUAAUAUUUGUUACGCUAUAGUUAUUUAUCGAGGACCUAAAUUUUAAUUGCUUCGAUGUAAUGCGUUUAUCGAUUGGUAUGUUAAAAUAAUUGAUUGAAUUGAAACGUUAUUUGUUUACGAUUAUGAUACAUGUUUUCAAAUGAAGAGGUAAAGUGGUCGAACAAUAUCUUGAUUCGGAAAUUAUGGGAAAUUUUGGGUCUAUUUAUAAAGUAUAAAUAAAGUGAAAUUGAAAAUAACAUAGCUUUUUCAAAUAGAAAUGGAUACCAUAUGUAGGGAUGUGGCGAUAUAACGUAGAAUACCUACGGUGAACAUUUGUUUCCCUCAAUAUUUUAAGAGCAAUAAUACUUCAAUGUGAAGUAACCGCCGUGUGUGCCCAUUUCUAUUUGACACAUGAUCAACAUCUCUUCACUGGUUCAAGAUAUUGAGCAUAGGACGAAAGCGAAGCUGUCGCCAAACCAGCAAUUCACCUCCCAUUGCUCGCGUCCGCUAGCAGUUUGUCAUUAAAAUAUUUCAUCUAUAUGCAAAUAGAUUGGUACAAAUAUAUAUUCACUAUAACGUUUUUAUACAUGCGACUGUAAAGUAAUAAUUGAUAGUGUUGUUUUACAUGGAGUUCUUAAGUAUGGUGUUUUAUGGGCAGGAGCUGUACAUUUGUGCUCAUUAUCCUUUAUAAAAAUCGUCGCACUGCGCAACAUAUUACACGUUAUGUUGUACUAAAAACUAAAUAUUUAAGUUGUAAUUUAUUUUGAUAUAUAGAUAAAAUUAUGAAUUUAUUGAUAAAACUUAAUCGACGAUCACAGGAACUCGGCUUGGCCGGUGUACCAAGUUCAUUAGAUUCACAUUCACAAUAAGAUAAUAAAUUUAAUAGCAAUCCACGCCGAUAUAUUAUAUAUACAUAUAAUAAUAAUAAAGAUUGCGAUAGAUAAAUUUAUAUACAUAUUUUAAAUUAGGACUAUUUACGGGGCUAAUAUGGCGCGCUGCUUGACGCGACCUCCGCGUCGGCGCGUAGCUAACUAGCAAUGGCUAGCAAGCGAUACUGCGCGGACAAACAAACAAUGAGUUCAAUGAGAGAUGUUGACAGAUUAUAUUAUAUUUAACGUAUUGUAUAUCACUCGUUUUCAUUUAUAUAGAUAUAGACAGCUAAUUUUGAACUGAUAAAGUAAAUUAAAUGUAAAAAAAAAAAAAAAAUAGAUUUCCGUAUCCGUUACAUAAUAAUUUCAUGAUUGCGAAAUUCGGAUAUUCCUUAA